AUGGUGGCCACAAAGAAGACAAAAAAGUUACUGGAGUUGAUCAAUUCUAGGCUCCAACUCGUUAUGAAAAGUGGAAAGUACAUGCUGGGGUACAAGCAGACUCUGAAAAUGGUCAGACAUGGCAAAGCGAAACUGGUCAUCCUCACCUGCAACCGCCCAGCCUUGAGAUCUGAAAUAGACCCCUCCGCCAUGUUGGCCAAAACUGGUGUCCAUCACUACAGUGGCAAUAAUACUGAGUUGGGCAAGGCAUGUGGGAAAUACUACAGAAUAUGCACACUGGCUCUCAUUGAUCCAGGUGAUUCUGAUAGCAUUAGAAACAUGCCAGAACAGAAUGGUGAAAAGUAA